AUGUACACUUCUAGAGUCUAUUCUUCAUCUCCAGACAAGAACGGCUCCGGUAACUACUACAACACUGGAGGGUAUAGCUCUAGCGGAUACCCCUCAAACAACUACGCUACAUCUGCCCAUUCACCCUCUCACCCCUCAGCAUACACCAAUAGUAACGCCCAUAAAGCUCGCGACAUCAGCCCACCGCGCUCACCGGCCGAGCAGCCACAGUAUAACGUGCGUGGCAUCUACACCGAGCAUCGAAGCGUGAGUCCUCUGGGAUCAUCACAAUUUGAGCGCUCCAGUGAGUCCAAGUCUAAAACACCCUCGAAAGAUGAUCGUUCUAGACGGACGGCUACAGCUAGUGACGCUCGUGGUGUAUUGUCGCAUGAGAGGUAUAAUGCUCAGCCUUCAGCGACGCAAUCUAGUGGAGGGAACGCUAGCCUCUCUCGGUGCAAUGCGGUGCGUGGUCGCACUCCAUCGCGAGCAAAUACCACAAUCUCUGUUACGGGUGAGUACGGCACUUCUGAGGCGCGCGCCGGGCUGGCUCGCUUGCCGCGUACGGAGGCUAACUUUAGAGGUGGCGGGUUUAGUAGUUGGGAGACGUAUUGA